CCUCAUCAACCCGACUGGGGUUGUGUGGCUCUCCCUUCCCCCUCGACACACCACAUCACGCCGUCUGGGAAGCCACCCCAACAACUUCAACAUGGCAUCCACCUAGGACAUGCAUCCCCACGCAGGAUCCGUCCACGGCUCCAAACGUGUGAUUCAACCACAUGGGAUGUGGGCGAUCACCAUCAAUCGUGACACCAAGGCUGUCGCUAAGAACCCCGAUGGCGAAUUUCACGAAAUCCCGUUUUCCAAUAGAACUAUCGGCUACGGCUUGUGUGUCAGAGCAGACAAGCCCGAUCACCUCUUGGUGUAGCUCGUCGAACCCAGUCGCAAUAUUCACCAAUUUCCGUUCCUUCCU